GCUGCUGCCGUUGUUGGUUUGCUGCCUGAUCGCGGUCGGCUGCGGUCAGACCCGGUGUCCGGCCAGCUGCUCCUGUCGGCCGGACGGGCUCGGUCGCAAGAGGGUCAGCUGCGAGAGCGGCGGCAUGACCGACCCCUCCUUCCUCAACUACAUGGACAUCGACACCCGGGUGCUAGUGGUGACGGCGCCGGAGUGGAACCCCAACCAGCUGACGAUCGGACCCAUCUUCAAACGGUUCAGGGCCUUCAUGGAGGAGAUCACCAUCACCCAGUCAGGAGUACCAGCUAUCGGCGAGAACUCCUUCUUCGGCCUCCGUCUACUACGCAAACUGGACCUCUCGCACAACCUGCUGACCAACUUGUACCAGAACCACUUCAAGGGCUUACGCAACCUGCGCCACCUGGACCUGUCGCACAACAGGAUCGGCGCUGUGGCCAGCGGUGCGUUUCAGUUCACGCCGCAGCUUCGUUCUCUGAACCUGUCGGACAACAGCCUGCCCGAGCUGGUGCCCAGCAUGUUUCUGCGGCUCUCCGAGCUGCGCCAGCUCGACCUGAGCGGCAACUCGCCUGCCGGCCUCGACCCGGACGUGUUCAAGGACGUGAGCGAGCUGCGCGAGCUGCGCUGCGCCCGCUGCGACCUGACCAAGAUCAGCCCGCGCUUCUACCAGAUGGUGCCGCGGCUGGAGGUGCUCGACAUCAGCGACAACCACCUGUCGACGCUGCGCGCCGGCGAAUACGAACAGCUGCGACACCUGAAGCGGCUGCUCCUGGCCGGCAACCACUUCUCGUCGGUGGACUCGCUGCCGUUCAGCGGCCACCGGUUGCACGAGCUGGACCUCGGCCGCAACCAGCUGUCGACGCUGCCGGCCGGGGUGUUCGGUGACGUCACCGUGCGCCGGCUGGACCUCUCGUACAACGGUCUGUCGUCGCUGACGGCGGCCGUGCUGCGCCCGCUCGGAGACCAUCUGCAUUGGCUCUCGCUGGCCGGCAACGACAUGGCGCCGCGUGACGUGGAGGCGGUGGGCGGCGGCCUGCCGCGCCUGCAGCACCUCAACCUGGCCGACAUGGGCGUACUCUCGUUGUCUGACAGCCUGUGGGCGUCGCUGCCUAAGCUCGUCACGCUCAACAUGUCGGCCAACUACCUGCUGUCGCUGUCGGAGCACAUGCUGCGCCCGCUGCGCCGGCUGCGUCAGCUGGACGUCAGCGACAACCAGCUGUCGGCGCUGUCGGUGCCGGUGGCGCGCCAGCUGGAGCGGCUGGAGGAGGUCCGCCUGCAUGGCAACCCGUGGGCCUGCGACGCGUGCCGCGUGCGGCCGCUGCUGGCCUGGCUGCGCGCCGCCGAGUACGCCUACGGCUGUGUCGGCCCGAGCCCAGCCUCCUGCCUACGGUGCGCACAACCGCCGCGCAUGGCAGGCGUGGAGGUGCAACAGCUGAACGAGACGGUGCUGCCGCCCUGCGGUGAGGCGGCAGAGGAGAGCCCGGCGGAGUGGUGCCGGCGCCAGCGGGAGGCCGGCGGCGGCGCGACCGGCGAGGAGGCCCGCCACGAGCGCUACUGCGCUGCCGUGAUGACGCACUCGCCGGACGCGGCCGCCUCCUCGCAGCUGGGCGUGAUUGUGGGCUGCGUGCUGGCGUUACUGCUGCUGACGGCCGUCAUCUUGGCGCUGCUCGUGUACAACAGGCACAGCGCCAUCUACUACACGCACGAGGACGAACGCGACGACGCCGACGUCUACCAGAAGGCGGACGUCAACAAGAACAAGAAGCGCGUGCGCAUCGCGACCAUCGACGAGAUGAACGGCCGCGACGAGAGCCCGUUCGUGGACGAUGAGCGGCUGGGCGAGUUUCAGAACGGCUAGGCGCCGCCGCCGCCACCGGCUGGCGGCCGUCGGAGGUGGGCGAAGCGGCAGGACGCUGAGGGCCCGCGUGCCACGUGGUUGAACGCCGUGGAUUAUUCGGAUGCACUAGUCGUCGGCUCUGCGCUGCUUUGCCGGCAGGUUUCUUCUGGAAGCGGCGGACAUCGGUGUUGAUUUAUUGCGGAGCGAUAGCAGUGUGUAGCUGUUGGACGUGUUUUUGCAGAGGCUUUUAAAUCCUCCGGUGAAGACAUACUCGAGAAUGUGUCCUGCGUCUGUCUGAUAUGAUCGGACGGUGGAGCAAGAGCAAGUACAGGAACUGGUAUUUUUAUUCCUACUUAUGUUGCCAGCUAUGUGCUUACCGACCACCGCGCGGUGUUCCAACGCUUUAGCGUGUUUUUGUUGAUAAAUGUGCGGAACGAGCGAUUUGUAAGGCGCCAGUGAGAUGCAUCAUAUACACUACACCCAUAAGGGCGCCAUAUCUUUUUCCACGAGCAUCCGACUCCAUAGUCAUUCACAUGCCCGCUGCCAGCUGAUGAUUAGUGCUCGUGUCCGCUCACGCCCGGCGCCCGGCUGCGCUCGACACUCGGGUGAUGUGCAUUGCGAGGUCGUGUUGCGAGGAUCGGCGCGUUAUCGUCCCCUCCCCACGUCGCUUCCAUUCAGGCCCAGUCGGCACGGCCUGUGACCUUGCCUGCAGACCGCUGACUGAUGCGCCAAUCACGGCUCAGUUUAUCUCCGUUAGACGCGCUGUUUUUGCCGUGCUCCUCCUAUGGCUGCUGUUUGCCGCUGGCUCAAAUCGUGACGCUCUGCAGAUGCGCUGUCUGCGUCAGACUGACACUGGGCAUGCUAAAGCUGCUCAUGUGCGCGCAGAGCACGUGGGACCAGCCAGCUGGCCGCUAGCGAACAAGGAUCACCUCCUAAAAACGGAACCAUCAUCUAAUGGACUUCGGAGCUCAGUUUGUCGGCGGCGUCUGCAAAUCACCGACUUGUCACCAGUGUCACCAAUCACCGACGUGUGAUUUAUAUUUUGGUGCGAGCCGGUCGACCGAACUGAACGUCGAGGCUCGUGCUGCUCACCUCUGUUCCUAUAAUACGCCAUCUUGCUCUCGCGAGCGGCAUCAGACCGUGGCGUCGUGCCGGGUAUACCACUGUGUGCUACCUUUUACGAGUCGGAGUUUCUGAGGCGUUUUAUGCCCACCAAUGUCGUCCCGCAAUACAUGGAUGAAAUCUCU